AUGUCUCGUCUUCGUCUUUUACAUUAUGAUAAACAAGUAGAGAUCAAUGUUGAUGAAAAAAUCGAUUUUAAUCAUCUAUUUAUUGCAGCAACAUAUCGUCAAUUAAUAUUAGCAUCACAAUCUAUUUUGACUAUUUAUGAUCUUUCUUCGAUUCUUCUCGGUGAAAACUUCAACAGUCCAUAUCAAACAAUCAUUACGCCAAAUCCUAUUCUUGCUCUAACAUCAACAGCUGAUCGAAUUAUUUAUGUCUAUCAUUCAUUAGAUAAUUUUGAACAAUUAAAAAUAUGUAUUCUAAAUUCGAAACAAGAAGAACAAAGUUUAACAAUUGAAUCAUUAAAUGUCGAUUCGAAAAUUCAUUUAUGUUCACUUGAUGAUGGAACUAUUUUUAUUGGAUAUAAUUCGAAAAUAUUUUCAUUAACAAAUGAGCAAUGGUCAUUGGAUUCGAAAAUUAUAAAAAUGUGUAGUGGAAAAGAACAUGUUUUAGUUUUGCUUGCUGAUGGCCGAAUUCUUUCCUGGGGCAAUGGUCUUCAUGGUGCACUUGGCCUUGGUGAUCUUGAACCAAGUCUUCAACCUACGCAAGUUGAAUCAUUAUCAAAUGAUGUUAUUGAUAUAGCUGCUGGUGGAUGGCAUUCAUUAGUUCUUCUUGCAGAUGGUUCAGCAAUGUCUUGGGGUUGGAAUAAUGACGGUGCACUUGGUCUGGAUACUUCUGAUGAGGAUAAUAUAGCAGGUGUAUUUUGUGAUCCAACACUCGUAACUUGUUUACCAUUAGAUAUCGAUUGCAAAUAUGUAUCAGCUGGUGCAAGACAUAGCGCUUUUAUUGGAUCAAAUGAUUAUGUAUGGUUAUGUGGUUCGAAUAAACAUGGUCAAUUAGGGACUCCAUCGUCGUUUUCUAUUGAAAAAGGAACUAUUGUCCAUUGUCUAUCUUGGUUUACUUUGUUAAUUUCUCAGGAAAUUUGA